CCCACUGCGCCACCGCACCCCGGAACGGUAGUACUACCUGUAAUUAAUUGUAAAAGGGGCGUGGCGGACAACAGGGAGCGCGCAGUCCCCCUGGAGGUUGUUAGAUCGCAUUCCACCGCCUCCCCCCGCCCAAUGGCUUAUGAGGGCCAAGAAAGAGCGUCUUAAACGGACAGCGCUUAGCAGGAUCGCGCUCCCAAGGGGAAGUAAGGAGAGAAGAACAGUGUAUGUGAGUGUAUGAGUGUGUGCCUGCCCCGGGUGUGUGCCGUUGGAUCGAAGCCCAUCCCGUGAAGUGGAAGAGCUCCACGGAGCGCUUGGACUCUGUUACUGUCGCAAGAGGACUUUCCCACCAACUAUUGUAUUGUAAACGGAGAGCCAGGUGAAAAUUUCCAGUGAAAAGAAGAGCAACAAGCAGAAGAAACCUUAACCACAGUUUGGAUCCCAGUUAUAAAACAAAUCUGAGGGCUAACAGACACACACCAUGAGCUCCGCCGAUGGAAUCCCCGUCGGUGCCUCUGUGGGCAGCCCACAGGGUCAGGCUGGGGAGCCUGGAGGGGUCAAAGAGAGAGGAAAGUGGGCCAACAAAACAGAAUUCCUGCUCUCCAUGGCGGGGGAGAUCAUUGGGCUGGGCAACGUUUGGCGCUUCCCCUAUCUCUGCUACAAGAAUGGUGGAGGUGUCUUCUUCAUCCCCUACUUUGUCUUCCUCUUCUUCUGCGGCAUCCCGGUGUUCUUCCUGGAGACGGCUCUGGGACAGUACACCAGCGAAGGCGGUGUCACCGCCUGGAGGAAGAUUUGCCCUAUGUUUGAGGGAAUUGGAUUUGCAUCUCAGAUCAUCCUCUUAUACUUGAACGUGUACUACAUCGUGGUCCUGGCGUGGGCACUCUUCUACCUGUUCAACUCCUUUAGGAAUCCGCUGCCGUGGUCUACCUGCAGCAACCCCUGGAAUACAGUCAGCUGUCAGAACCAGAGCAGCCUUCAUGGUGACUGGAGCUUCCUCAACAACAUUUCUAUAAUAGACUAUAACUACAGCGAAAACGGCAAAAUACCGUUCCUGAAAUCCCCAGAAGAGGAGUUCUGGGAUAACAGGGUGCUGGGUCGGACUCUCAGUCUGUUGGAACCGCUGGGCAAUGUGCGCUGGGACCUGGCACUGUGCCUGCUCCUGGCCUGGGUGGCCUGCUAUUUUUGCAUCUGGAAAGGGAUCAAGACGACUGGAAAGGUGGUGUACUUCACUGCCACCUUCCCGUACCUCAUGCUCGUCAUUCUGUUUGGCCGUGGUGUGUCACUUCCUGGUGCCUGGGAGGGGAUCAAGUACUACCUCUUCCCUGACAUCAGUAAGCUCUCCAGCCCUGAUGUGUGGCGUGAUGCUGGGACCCAGGUGUUUUUCUCCUAUGCCGUAUGCCAAGGGGUGCUCACCGCACUCGGGAGCUACAGCCGAUACAACAACGACUGCUUCAAGGACUGUGUUGCUCUCUGCCUUCUCAACAGUGGCACCAGUAUAUUUGCUGGCUUCGCUGUGUUCUCUGUUCUGGGGUUCAUGUGCUACGAGCUGAAUGUGCCAAUGGAUGAGAUUGUCCAGUCUGGUCCAGGUCUGGCUUUCAUAGCCUAUCCCAAAGCAUUGUCCCUUUUGCCCGUAGCUCAGUUGUGGGCUGUGCUUUUCUUCCUCAUGGUGGUGUUCUUGGGUCUGGACAGCCAGUUUGUGUGUGUCGAGAGCUUGGCCACCACGAUCACAGACAUGUUCCCCCACGUGCUGAGGAGGCGAGGCCGCCGUGAGAUCCUCGUGCUGCUCAUCGCUGUCAUCUGCUUCCUGCUGGGCCUGUCACUGGUCACUGAGGGAGGCGUUCAUCUCUUCCAGCUCAUUGAUACUUAUGGCCCAAGUGGAACCAGCUUGUUGUUUAUCGCCUGCUUUGAAACCACUUCGAUCGCAUGGGCCUACGGUGCUGACCGUUUCUAUGACAACAUCAAGGAUAUGAUCGGCUACUAUCCCUUCCCAGUGAUGAAGUACUGCUGGCUGUUUGUGACGCCCAUUAUCUGCGCUGCCACUAUAAUUUACAACGUGGCUGUCAGCGAGCCCAUCGGGAAACACAUUUCGUCAGGGGGUCUUGUCUUUGCUGUCCUGCUGAUGCUCACGCCCAUGAUCUGCAUUCCCCUCUUCAUCUUGGUGGGACUUUGUAAAGGUCCCAGGAGCAUGAUUGUGCCCUCCAGUGACCUGCGCCAGGUGUUUCCCCUCAAGCCCAGGUUGACCCUGUGCAAGUCCAUUAUCCUUCCAGCACAGAGACCCACACCCAGGUCUGGAGAGGAUGAGAAGCUCACCAUGGAUGCUGUGAUUCCCAGAAGGAACCACUGAGGUUCACAAACAUCCGAAGAUUACAGGUGUCCUGACAAAGAUUUAUAAUACAAUUAUACAAAUUACAAUGCAGUUAUAAUACAAAAAGUGACCUGAGAAGCAUGUAUAUGGAUCGUAAACUGAGAUGUUAAAAUUACAGUAGCAUCAUAUUCACACAGUAAUCGGUCAGAGGUACACUAAUUCUUACUGGGUACUUACUGGGAUUUUGUUACUUGAUCUGCUUUUAUGACACUGCUGCUUGAAUGAGUUCUUGUUACCCUCCUUCCUGAGAUGUUUUCUGGUACCUAUCAAAAGCUAGUUUUGUUAAAACCAAGUAAAUCAAGUUUCUCACCAUAUUAAAUUAGCUUGUUAUUUCUCUGUCGAUUGUUUAAUUUUUU